UUCGCUUAUAUUUCAGAAACAAUAAUAGUAUAUCGUAAUUUAAGUAUAGAGAUGAAUUCAGCAAAACCAGUCUUCUUCUUGUUCAUGUUCCUUCUAUAUGCCUUCUGUAUGACAACAACAGAAAGCAAAUGUCACGACGACAAAGAUUGCGAAAACGUGAAGCUACCGUGUCCGGGGCCUCUCGCAUGUUUGUAUGGUGGCUGCGUUUGUACGUACCUGGAUAAGCCACUCGACAUUCCCAAUUCUCAAAUCAAAAGUAUGACAACAACAGAAAGCAAAUGUCACGACGACAAAGAUUGCGAAAACGUGAAGCUACCGUGUCCGGGGCCUCUCGCAUGUUUGUAUGGUGGCUGCGUUUGUACGUACCUGGAUAAGCCACUCGACAUUCCCAAUUCUCAAAUCAAAAGUGCGCAUUCCGGGAAAAAAGUUAUAAACCUCCAUGAUUCUAGUGUUUAACCAUUACAUCUGUGGUGACAGAAUAAAAAUGUGACAACAAUAUAAUUUGCAAACGUUGAAUGAAAAAAGUAAUAUUUAUCGUACCAUUGAAAAA